AUGGCCAUGGCCUCGACCGCUGCCUACAGCGACCACCGCUCGUCGCUCUACCACAUCCCCCCUCCCCCUCCCCCCUCCUCUUUCAACCCGCACUACUCCUUCCAUUCUUACUCCUACUCCAACUCGCACGAUACGUUCCAGCCGCAAGCGUCGUUUCGCCAACACCCUCUUCUCCACUCUCCCAACUCACCCUCUCCCUCUUCACUCGUCACGCCGCCGAACUUUACGGCAGACCGCUCCUGCCCUUCCUGCUCCAGGUCUCCACCGCGCCACGGCACCAUCGGUACCCACGACGGCUACGACAUGGGCAAGCCAACGCAGCCAUCGGCCACCCAGCGGCUAGCGCCGGCGAGGUCUCGGACGCCACUGGGCGUCAGUGUCACGCAGCAGCAAACGCAGGUGUCGUCGCGCAAACAACAGCAAAAGUCUAACGGCCAUGCUUAUGCGAAUGACAACUCUCACCCUCACUCGCAUUCGCAGUCGCGCUCGUACCACGCCCUCGACAGCACGGCAGACAGCAAGCAGCUGUACGCGGACAUGACCGUCUCUUCCGCCGACAGCACCCUGCCCACGGAUGACGAGUACGCAACGCGGGCGGGCGACUUCGGCUCCUCGCCAGACGAGUACAGCGCCCCGCGUCUGCGCACCAUGUCGUACAACUCGGACCUGGACGGCUCAGACGACGGGACGCAGGACCCCUUCGCAAGCGCGACGUCGGGAUACUCUGGCUCGACCACCCUCUGCUCAGCAGUGACGGGCGCGCCGAUCCUGCCCCGCUCAGCAAACAUGAAGGACCUGGCUAGCCGGCAGGACCUACCCGUGCUCUCGAUGAGCGACGAGAAGCUGCACUCCACGUUCCGUGUCCGCGCCGAGCCCAUUGCGGCGGGUAACUGGGGCCGCGUCUUCAUCGCUGGUCUUCGCCGCAAGGCGGGUGGCACGCUCGGCCAGAUCGCAGCCACCUUUGACGGGGGCGUGCCCGGCUGUGUGGCGAUGAAAGUUGUUGAUCGACAGUCGGAGGACGGGCCGUGUGCGUGCCCUCUGGGGCGAGAUGAAGAUUAUGAAGCGGCUGCUGUACGAGCCUCACCCGAGCAUCAUCCAGUUCGACGCUUUCAUCCUCACCCAGACUUCUGCCGUGUAAGCUUCACAGAACUGUUGCUCGAGCUAACUUCCAGUGUCGUCAUGCCCUACCUUCCCGGCCAGAUGCCGCUGAAGCAAGCUCCAGAGAGCGCACACGUCCACUUCCUCCAGCUCACUUCUGCGGUCGCGUACCUCCACGAGCGCGGUAUUACGCACAACGACAUCAAGCCGCAAAACGUGGUUAUCUCGAACCGCAACGUCGCUGUCCUCAUUGACUUUGGGUUCGCGAACAUGUACUCGACCCGUCAGCGCGGGGCCUUCCUCUCCGAGGAGAACCUGGGCACGCUCGAGCGAACACGCGGCCUGCCGCACGACGAGCGCAAGAGCGAUGUGUGGGCGUUAGGAAUCCUCGUCGGCCGCACGCCGUUCGAGGAGCACGAGCAGGAAGACUUCGCCGACCAGGAGAGGGCGGAGGAGUACCAGCGCCGCGCGACGCGGGGCCGCUGGUGGGGCGAGUACAGCAUCCCGUCUGGUGAGUUGCGAUUUCCCUUGCGUAACUAA